AUGGGCUUAAAGCCCCAGGAGCUGCAGGUCUCAUCCUCAUCCUCUCCUCUGUCUGGACCAGGUUCAGCUGAUCAGGCUGAGACUGAGCGUGAGCAGUGGACAGACAGCCAAACUGAUGAGGACAGUGACACAGAGGACACCCUGUGUGGAAUCAAUGAGAGCGGUGCCGCUGACCCGUAUCACCACCCCCAGCUGGACUCUGACAUAGAGGCAGUCAGGACUUUGUAUUCAGACUCUGUCGUCUCUAUCAGGGAGUAUGGGUCAAUUGAUGAUGUGGAUGUUGACCUAAACAUAAAUGCCAACUUUUUGAAUGAGGAAGUGGCCAAGGCCUGGAGGAUGAAUCCAUCGGAGCCCAUUGUUAUCCGUCUGCACUUCUCUCUGUCUCAGUAUCUGGACGGACCUGCACCUUCAGUUGAAGUCUUUCAACCAUCCAACACUGAUAACUUUAGCCUUGGGAAACAGCUACAGAAUAUUCUCACAGUCUUCUUGUCUCGGGAAUGGAAACAUCUGACCAACGAGAACGUCGUAAACCAACAGAAGAGGCGGCAAAGCUGGUUCAGGCCGAGUGGAACCAUCAAGAAAGUUCGUGCGAGACUCAGCAUCUGGCUCCCCCUACCAAAGACCGACGGACUCCAGGAACCUGCCGUGAAAGAAAGGAUCAUUUUACCAGCAAUGAAGCUGAACCGUUUCACGAAUCACACGACUUCCUACACCAUCAAGAAUCCAACAGGAGAGCUCUUCACCUACACUCCCAGCGGAAAGAGGGUGGUGGUGUCAGCGGUGAAGUCAACAGCGCAGCUUAGUACCAAACAGCUGAUAGAGCUGCUUUUUUCCUCUCAGGCCAUCGGGCACUGCAAGACCACCCCGACUCUGCAGCACGGCUUCUUGGUGCAGGUAAUGAGGUACGCUGAGCAGAGACUCCCCACGCUGAAUGAAUACUGUGUCGUCUGUGAUGAGCGACACGUGUUUGAGAAUGGCCCGAUGUUGAAGCCAGCAGUUUGCACCAGGGAGCUGUGUGUGUUUUCCUUUUAUACACUGGGGGUUAUGUCUGGAGCUACAGAAGAGGUUGCCACAGGCGCAGAGGUAGUGGACCUGCUGGUGGCCAUGUGCAGAGCUGCCCUUGAGUCUUCACGCAAGAGCAUCAUAUUUGAACCGUACCCUUCUGUUGUUGAUCCGUGCAACCCCAAAACCCUGGCCUUUAGUCCAAAGCGAAAGAGCUACGACAGGCUGCAGAAAGCUCUGGAUAGUGUCUUGUUGGUCCGGAGGAUGGCACAGGGUCCAUAUUCUGAAAUAAAGAAGCAGAUGGACAAGAUAGACCCUCUCGCUCAUCCCUUGCUGCAGUGGAUAUUAGCAAGCAACAGAUCACACAUUGUCAAGCUUCCACUGAACAGGCAACUUCAGUUCAUGCACACGCCCCAUCAGUUCCUGCUGGUCAGCAGCCCACCGUCCAAAGAGGCUCGUUUUCAAACUGCCAGGAAACUUUAUGGCAGCACCUUCGCUUUCCACGGUUCCCACAUUGAAAACUGGCACUCUAUUUUGAGAAAUGGGCUGGUUAACGCCUCUUAUACAAAAUUGCAGCUUCAUGGGGCCGCAUACGGGAAAGGCAUCUAUCUGAGUCCCAUUUCAAGCAUAUCAUUUGGAUAUUCAGAGAUGGGUAAAGGGCGACACCAGAUACCCACAAAAGAAGAACUCAUAAAGAAACACAGCCAAACAAACAGACUCAAACAGGAACAGCCGGGUCAUGCCAGGUUUCUGCAAAGCAGGAACUUGAACUGCAUUGCUCUCUGUGAAGUGAUAACUUCAAAGGACCUUCAAAAACAUGGGAACAUUUGGGUGUGUCCGAUAUCUGACCAUGUGUGCACACGUUUCCUCUUUGUGUAUGAGGACGGCCAGGUGGGAGACGUCCACAUCAACACUCAGGAAGCCAAGAUCCACAGGGAAAUUUUACAAGUAAUUGCUUCAAAGCUGUGCUGA